AUGCAUCACGAUUCAAAAGAUCAUGAGAAUGCUCUUGAAUACGCGUUAUCAGGAUGUGAAUUGGCAACACGAAAAUCUCAAGAAAUGUGUCUGGCUCUAGAUCAAAGCUGCCUUGUAUUUGAUAAUAAUGAAUUGGCGGAAAUUGUGUAUCGUACAAUUAUUCGAUCAAAUCUGAAAGCUGGUUGGGUUUGGAAACGAUUGGGAUUUCAUGAAUUGGCCAAUAAAAAUUAUACAGAUGUAAUCCCAGCUUUUCAAGCAUCUUUGCGAACCAACUCUAAGGAUAUCCAAUGUUUGGAAGGGUUCUUCAUCGAAGCAAUAGAACAUUACAAAAUCACAAUAGAAAAAGCCAAGGAAAAAGGCGAGCCGGAUCAUUUCCCAUCGCUGAAAAGUUCUGGCGAUAAUUAUCUGACACUUGCCAAAGAGUAUUUUCAAAUGGGAUCUUAUGGUCGUGCUGCUGAUUCGAUAGCUGAUGGAUUUACUUUACGGAGUGUUAUUGAGAAUCUGGAGCCGUCUGAUAUCAAUAAAAAGCUGGGAUUUCCUAAUGAAAUUGAUGGUAGUGCAAUUAGAAGCAUUACAGAAGAGAAUGAUUCUAUCAUUGACGUGUACUCCGCAAUUUUAACUUGCUCAUGA